CACGUCUCUGCGUUUCCGGCUUCAUGGAUGAAAGUAAGCAGACUGACCGCUGAAUGAACUCACUCGAUUCAAUGGGUUUAACUGUCUGAAAAAUGAAGGUGCUUCUUCUGAAAGAGCCGAGAGAGAGUGAAAGUGAAGCAGACCCUUAUAUUAAGCUCUUUCAGCCUGAGAGGUUUGGAGGUCUGAUCUUCACCAGUCCCCGAGCCGUGGAGGCCGUGAAGACGAGUUUAGAGUCGCAGAAACUGAGAAACAAAUGGGAUGCAGUGAAAGACAAGUGGAAUGCAAAGUCGGUUUAUGUUGUCGGAAAAGCCACAGCAUCUUUGGUUGUAGAUCUGGGUUUGUGUCCGCUGGGUGAAGAUUCUGGAACCGCAGACACACUCUCUCUGCUCAUCCUACAGAGAGAAAAUCAAGACAUUCAGCCGCUUUUCUUUCCCUGCGGCUCCAUCAAGCGUGAGGUUCUGCCCACCGCACUGAGAAACAGUGAUAUUCCUCUGGAGACUCUGACUGUCUACCAAACAUCUGAACAUCCUGAUCUGAAGAAGAACAUCUCUGAUUACUUCACUCAGCAGGGUGUCCCAGCGAGUGUGGCGUUCUUCAGUCCGUCAGGUGUGUCCUUCUGUCUGGAUCUGCUGAAAGGCCUCUCAGGAUCUCAGCUGGAGCAGAUAAAGUUUGCCUCUAUUGGACCGACGACAGCUGAUGCUCUGCAGGCUCGUGGACUGACGGUCAGCUGCUGUGCGGAGAAACCCACCGCCAAACACCUCGCCACUGCCAUCACAGAGGCCCUCCGUGACCUCUGGAUGCUGACUGUGAUUCGGCGGAUCUUCAUCAUCCAGACCUUCAUCUUCAUCACAGCGGAGAAGAUCUUCCACAGCAGAGACCAUUCAGAUGUGCUGAACAACAUUCAUCAGGCGGAGCUUAUCACUGACACGGACACUGCACAGCGUUUUCUGUCUAAGUAUGGCUUCAUUAAGGCAUCAGCCAGUGAACAGACUGAGCUGUCAGAAUCUUCAGGCGAUCUGGACUUCAGUCUCUCUCUGGAUCUCCAUGAAGGAGGAACCGCAUCCGGCUCCAGCGGCUCUGAUCUGCAGUUUGUCUCUGCGCUGAAGGAUUUCCAGCGGCUCUCAGAUCUGCCCAUCACCGGAGUGUUCGAUGACGCCACCAAAGCAGCCAUGAAUAAACCAAGAUGUGGCGUCACGGAUAAGGAUGAAGAACUGAAUGAUGCCGCUGGAUCCAACAGUACCAGGAAUCACAGUCAAACGAACACCAGGACAUCCCAUAAUACUGAGCCUCAGCCUCCUCUGCGUAAGAAGCGUCACCUGUCUGCUCUUCUGGAGAAUAUAAAGCUGCAGAAGCGAGAUGUGAGCGAGUGGACGGGACACAUGGCCUUCUCCAAAAGUGUCCUGAAGUGGCGUCUGAUUGGUGAAGGAUACAGCAGUCAGCUCUCCAUCCAGGAGCAGAAAUACAUCUUCAGGCUGGCCUUCAGAAUGUGGAGCGAAAUCUCUCCGCUUCAGUUUAUUGAAGAUCUGCACUCGCCGCUGGAAAACAUCGACAUCCGGCUGGGCUUCGGCACGGGUCGUCAUCUGGGCUGCUCUCAGCGGUUUGAUGGUGCUGGUCGAGAGUUUGCUCACGCCUGGUUCCUCGGAGACAUUCAUUUCGACGAUGAUGAACAUUUCACCAUCCCAAACACAGGCAGCGGCAUCAGUCUGCUCAAGGUGGCGGUUCAUGAGAUCGGCCAUGUUUUAGGGCUUCCUCACAUGUACCGUCCAGGAUCCAUCAUGCAACCCAGUUACCUUCCUCAGGACGCCGGCUUCGAGAUCGACUGGAUGGACCGCAAAUCCAUCCAGAGGCUGUACGGAGUGUGUAUGGGUCGCUUCAGCACUGUGUUUGAUUGGAUCAGGAAGGAGCAGACGCCGUAUGGUGAGGUGGUGGUGCGUUUUAACACAUACUUCAUGCGGGACGGCCUGUACUGGCUCUACGAGAACCGCAAUAACAGGACGCGUUACGGGGACCCAGUGGCGGUGCAGGUGGGCUGGCAUGGGCUGCCCUCAGGGGGUGUGGAUGCUUAUGUGCAUGUCUGGAACUGCAAAACAGAUGCUGUCUACUUCUUUAAAGGUGUGCAGUACUGGCGUUAUGACAGUGAGAAUGAUCAGGUGUUCAGUGACGCUCCAGACGGACGCUCGUAUCCUCGUCUGAUCUCUGAAGAUUUUCCUGGUGUGUCUGGACCGCUGGACACGGCGUACUACGACAGGAGAGACGCUCACAUCUACUUCUUCAAAGGCUCACAGGUGUUCAGGUUUGAUGUGCGCAUGCACCGCUUGGCUUCUGCCUCUCCACAAGAGAUGACGGAGGUUUUUCCAGCUGUAGUGUCCGGUGAUCAUCCCGUCAGGAGUCUGGACGCCGCGUAUUUCUCCUACACACACAACACGGUGUUCCUGCUGAAGGGUUCGCUGUUCUGGCGUGUGUUGAGCGGGAAAGAGCGCAGGCGGAGGGCUUUUCUCCCGAUGAACGGCCUGCUGGCCCACAGACGCGUGCAUGAGCAGUGGUUCGACAUCUGUGACGUUCACAGCUCAUCUCUGAGGACCACACGCAGGAGAUGA